CGGGUCGCCUUGUCUCCAAAUACAACGAUGUGUCCAAACACGUAAACCGCUUCCAAGUCAGCAUAACAACGAAGCACUUUCUCCGCCGUGGGACAGUUGGCACCGUCGAAGCGUAGCAUUUUGAAAGAUUUCCCUCAGUGGAAGGAUAAGAAUAUGCAGAGGAGAGCAAGAAACGGAGAUAUUCAGAGCAGGGAAUGAAAAAGAGAAGGAUUCUGUGUUCAGAGGAAGUAGAAAAGCUGUGAAGAAGAUAUCAUUCAGCUCCGAUACAAGGCUCCAUGGCAUAAAGGCCGUCUUCAGAUCCAGCUGCUCUCUGGGCUUUCUGUGGAGCAGCUCUGACACCCUGACACGCUGCUGCCAUUUUCCACACCCUGAGGGGAACCAGGAAGCUGUCGGCAGGAAACAUGCCUGCCCUGGCCACCGGAGCGGGCCACGAGCCAGGUCUGUAUGCACUGCUGGCUGCUCUGCCAUCCCAGCUUCAGCCUCAUGUCAGCCGACCAGAGGACAAUACCUUCCUGCAGGACAUGUUUGGAGAGAGAGGCCUGCACUCACUUGUGAAGAUCCACGAACGACUGCAGCACUAUGAAGAGAGCAAGCCCGUUCCCGUCCUGGACAGCGCUGCAGCUCUGGCACAAAACGUAAGAUUCUUCAGCUUCUGUUUUAUAUUUUACCACAUGAUGAUGGAGGCUGGAUGAAAGGAAACACAAACA